GGCAAUUGCGCCCCAGCUGUGUGCGCCGUCUGUCUGGGGACCCAUGGCCACAAAUUCAUCAAAUGUGUCGCCGAACGCCUAUGGAACAACAAAUUUCUUGCCUCGUCAACGUGCUCUGGAAAGUCCUUGCUCGUACGGAACUCGUACAAAACACUUUGUGUCGAUUGGCAAAGAUCAUGUGGAUGCAGCAGUCGGCAUCAUGACGAACACCAUGUGUGCUCCGGGUGUCUUGCCACAUCACACGGAGCUCAGUCGUGCGCUCGCGCUCAGAAAACUUCACCCACUCACACCUUACAAUCAUCGGGAAUGGGAGCUUCAACUUCAUAA